AUGCUAUGGUGGUCGGCGCGGCUGCUGUUCGGGGCUGGCGGCACACAGGGCGGUGUCAAAAAGCUGUCCGCCGUGAAAGCUGAGUAUUGCGACUGGGCGCUUAAGGAGAACACACGAGCGCUGAUCGGUUCCAUUCACCACCCUCUCGUUACCGAGUACUUGAUCCGCCUUCAUGAGAAGCGGAUUGGGCUGGAAAAGUGGCAGGAGGACUCUGCGAGCAACAGUAAAGUUAACGCCCUUGUUAACUGCGUGGAUAGCUCCCCGUUCGACUACGUGAGGUGGAAUACCAAGUACCGUGACGAGCUUGACAUCGCAGAGAAGGUGUGUGUGGUGCUGCGGCAGCUGGAUGAAAAUGUGACGCUUCACGAUCAGCUACAGUCCAAGAGCGUGCGCAGUAGGGAAGAUGAGGAGAUUCUCGACAUGCUCAAGGAGGACAUCGCCACACUCACGGAGCAGCUCCGGUUGCUGGAGGGUGAGGUUAAUGCGGUGAUGGAGCGCCGGAUCGGGUCUGAUGAUUUGGUAGGGUCCGUGACGAAUGUCUGGAAUAUCAACGUUGAAGGGAAGGCUGGUGGUGAGGAGGCGAGUCUGUUUGCAGCAGAGCUGGCGGAAAUGUAUCGCACGUAUGCGACGGAGUUUCGCAACUGGAAGGUGCGUCCGGUGGUUAAGGACGACGGCAGUGAGGCCGCCAGCUCUAACGAGUUUCAGGUUUCUGGGGAAGGGGUCUAUCGCAACAUGCACCACGAGAUUGGCGUGCACAAAGUUCAGCGUGUGCCGGUGACAGACGCCGCAGGAAAGAUGCAGACCUCCACUGCCGUUUUCACGAUGAUGCCGGUGCUGGACCCAGUGUCGGUUGACGUUCACGAAAGCGACUGCAAGAUCGACUUUGUUCGCGGCUCUGGGCCCGGCGGACAGGGAAUGCAGAGCAGCUCCAACUGCGUGGUGCUCACGCACAAGCCCUCUGGUAUAUCCGUCAAGUGUCACCAGUCCCGCUCAGCCCUCGGAAACAAAGAGCUCGCAUUGCAGAUGGUAGCGCAGCAGAUUCUGGCGCAGCGUGUGAAGGAGCAGAACAGUUCUCUCCACAAAGCGUGGCAAAACCAAUGGAGCAGCGGUGAGCGCUCUGACAAGAUGCGAACGUACAACUAUCCGCAGAAUCGUGUGACGGACCACCGCAUUGGGAAAGACUAUGCUUUGUCUUCCUUCAUGGAGCGUGGCAGCGGCUUGAAGGGCCUCCACGAUGAGCUCAACGACAUCAACGAUCGAGAGCAGGUGACGAAUGUGCUUCUCAAGCACAUCAAAGGCGGCUUUGGUAGCGUUGUUUAG